ACAUGUACCUCAAAUAUACCUUUUGUGUACGUAUAUCUUUCAGUACCUUUAUUAUGUACACAUUCAGUUGUAUGUUUUGGUUUUGUUUGCAUGUGUGGUUCAGCAACCGUGUGCUUGUAUGGAGGUGUAAGGAGAGUGUGAAGUUUGCAGCGCGUGUAAUAUCUGGUUGUGUGGGUUUUGCAGGUGAUAAUGCGGGAUCACACGUCCAGUGUUCAUGUGGAGGAGCUGCUGAGGCAGUCUCAGAUGGAGUUACAGUGGAUCCAGAGACAGCUGGCCAUGAUCACUGCCAGAAACAUACACCAUCACCACCUGCACGCCAAGGGCAAGUUAAGAUGUGAAGUUUCAUCCCAGCAAGCUACAGGACACGCCGUCUACUAUGUGAACCGCUUUCGAUUGCUGGAGGAGAGAAACCGAGCCCUGAAGAUUGAGGUAGCUACGCUUCGCCAAGAGAAACAACAGUAUAGGAAACUGAAAGCGAAGCUCCAUGCUGCCUUGCAGGAGAAAAAUCGUCUGAACCUUGAGCUUAUCAACCACCACCUGAAGGCAUCCAAGUAUGACCAGGUGCGAUCAGACUAUGACCAGCUGAGAGAGACCUUUGCUGUAGUGAGCCAGGAGAGAGACGUGGCCCAGCAGCAGAGGAGCCAGCUCGAAGACAAAGUGGAGAACCUGGAGCAGGUUCUGAAGCAUAUGCAUGAGGCUGUAGAGCUGAAGCAGCAACUGCAGAUAGAGCAUGAGCAAGCCUUGGUGGCCCUUCACACCAAGCAGAAGGAGAUCAAUCAACUGCAAAAGGUCAAGGUUCGUGACCUGGAGCAGAAAUGCAGAUCACAGAGUGAACACUACCACCAGCUGUCCAAAGAGCUGCUGAAUUUCCAUUUGCAGUCGGAUACUGUGGACAUCCUUAAAAUUAAUCCCACUUCCACAUCCCAGAUUCCUCUUUCGCAACAGAAGAAACUCUCACAAGUUAUUGUUGGAGCCCAGCCAGAGACAGGCGAUGAGUGCGCGGCAAACACGCCGCUACUGAUCUCCCAGUUCUUGCCCUGCACACCACUGACUGGAGACAGAGAAAGACCAGAACUGCUGUCUGUCAAUUCCAGCACCGUGAUAACGGACCGACCCAGCAGCCCUCGACAGCUGACCCCCUCAGAGAUGGAGGAUGAGGCCAGCCCAUCACCCAGGUCCAAGCCUCGCUACACAGGCCAGGUCCGCCUUUGCACUGCCCGUUACAGUUACAACCCUUACGAUGGACCAAAUGAGCAUCCUGAAGCAGAACUCCCCCUUGUUGCUGGAAAGUAUCUGUACGUGUAUGGAAACAUGGAUGACGAUGGCUUCUAUGAAGGAGAGCUGCUGGAUGGCCAGCGAGGACUUGUUCCUUCGAACUUUGUGGAGUUUGUCCAGGACAAGGAAAAACCAGCGAUUCUGUCAGGGGAGGGAGGGGAUGAUCUGGGCCCACUGGACCAUAACCCCCUGGCCUUGACAGCAGUGGAUGGAGGUGCCUCCCAGGAUGGCCUCCUGGGCUCAGCUAACGCCUUGGUUCCCUGUAGCAAUGGGACAGGGGGGCCCCUGGACCCUGAGGACAUGGCUGAAGACGUUGUGCCUUACCCCCGAAAGAUCUCCUUGAUCAAGCAGCUGGCACGGAGCGUCAUUGUGGCCUGGGAGCCUCCAUAUGUGCCUUUGGGCUGGGGGAACAUCUCUGGCUACAACGUGUUAGUAGACGGUGAGCUUCGUGCCAGUAUAGUGUACGGUGGACGGACCAAGUGUUUGCUGGAGAAACUGGACCUGGACGGCUGCGUCCAUCGCGUGUCAGUGCAGAGCAUCACCGACCGGGGUUUGUCAGACGAGUUGCGCUGUACCGUGCUGGUAGGAGCCAAUGUUGUGGUGGCGCCGUGUGGUCUGCGGGUGGAUGACAUCCAGCGUGACACUGCUGAGCUCUCCUGGUUACCUAGCAACAGUAACUAUGGUCACACCGUGUUCUUGGACGGGGUAGAGCACGCAGUGGUAAAGCCAGGAAGGUAUAGACUACGCUUCCUCAACCUCAAGCCCCUGACGGUGUACAAAGUGACGGUGGUGGCACAGCCGCACCAGGUGCCAUGGCAACUGCCGCUGGAGCAGAGAGAGAGGAAAGAAGCUGGUGUGGAGUUCUGCACUCAGGCUGCAGGUCCAACACCAUAUUGCAGAACAGGACCUCCCAUGCCUCCCCAGGAUGUACAGGUGCUCUGUGGGCAGGCUCCAGGGGUCCUACAGGUCCACUGGAAGCCCCCCAUUCUCUCUCCUACAGGCACAUCUAACGGGGCAAAUGUGGUUGGCUACGCAGUCUGCACUAAAGGACAGAGGAUAGCUGAGGUGUUGUACCCGAUGGCAGACUAUGUUACAGUCGAGCUGACAAGGAUUCAGUGCCUGGAGGCCAGGGAAGUCAUCGUUAGGACGCUGUCAGUACAGGGAGAAUCCCAGGACUCCCAAGUCGCCGUCAUUCCAAACAACCUGCUCGUGCCUCUACCUGCGCUUCCCCUGCCACCGCCAAUGCACCCCCACGCAGGCCCCCCUCCACACCCCCAUGUUCAGCCCCACCUCCAAUCCCCUCACCUUCCUCAUGCCACACCCCAACUUCCUGCUCCACCCCAGGCACAUGGGCAACCCCAUCCUCAACACCCUCAACCCCACCCCAGACACUCCCACCCAGGUGGACCCCCGCAACCCCAGCUUCGACCCCCACACCCUCAGCCCCAGCCCCUACAUUUUCAGCCGCGCCCGCCCCACCAUGGUCCCAGGCCCCAGCACCAACUGCCUCUGCUACCCCACCCCCAACACCCUAUACCUCAGAGACCAGUAUGUGCCAGAGAUCUGGAUGCCAAAGAGCACGCGGCCCACCACGGGGGAGCUAUUCCACCUGGCCAGUCUGGCUGGGACCCCACACGCUCUCCUUCUUCCCAGCCUCCUGGGCCCAUGCAAGGUCACACUCUUGAGGCACCUCCCUCUGCCAAUCCACGCUCCCCGUCCCCACAGCGUAUUCUUCCGCAGCCCCGAGGCACACUUAUUCCGGACACGGUGGCCAAAGCCAUUGCUCGAGAAGCAGCGCAGAGGGUGGCGGCAGAAAGUGGCAAGGGGGAAAGGAGGCAGGGCAGAUACGGAGAGCAGGGUCAUUCAUUUCACCAGCAUCACUCUGACGAGGAAGAGGAGGACGAGGAAGGCUUCACGCGCGGCCGUCGGAGAGGACCCUCAGUCGACGAGUUCCUCAGAGGCUCUGAGCUGGGGAGGCCGCCUCACUAUAGUCACAAUGAAGAUUAUCACAGCGAAAGCAGCCGGGGCUCUGACCUGUCUGACAUCAUGGAAGAGGAUGAGGAGGAGCUGUACUCUGAGAUGCAGCUGGAAGAGGGACGCCGACGCAACUCGCACAACACACCCAAGACAAACAAUCGCGCUGGAGGCCGUCAGGACCGGGAAACUGGGAGAAGAAUUAAUCAUGGCGGUUCUCAACCGCAGAGACGACCUCUAAUGGUCCCCUCCAUUGAUGGCUACAGGGACCGGGAUCGCCGCUCACCCACAUACUACGAUGAGUCAGAGGCCGAGGAGUCCUUCCGGAUCUUCGUGGCCCUCUUCGACUAUGAUCCUCUGUCCAUGUCCCCCAACCCAGAUGCCGCUGACGAGGAGCUGCCCUUCAAAGAGGGGCAGAUCAUUAGGGUGUAUGGUGAUAAAGACACAGAUGGCUUUUACAGAGGAGAAGUGAGAGGCAGAAUGGGUCUGAUCCCCUGUAACAUGGUGUCAGAGAUACGAGCGGAGGACGAGGAGACCCUGGACCAGCUCAUUAAACAGGGCUUCCUGCCACUCAGCACCCCCGUGGACAGAAUAGAGCAAAACCGAAGAGGCCUCCGCCGAGAUCAGGCCUCGAGGAGGAUGGUGGCUCUGUACGACUACGACCCCCGAGAGAGCUCCCCUAAUGUUGAUGUCGAGGCUGAGCUGACCUUCUGUGCUGGUGACAUUAUUGCUGUCUUUGGAGAUAUUGAUGAAGACGGAUUCUAUUAUGGUGAGAUGAACGGCCACCGUGGUCUGGUUCCCUCUAACUUCCUGGAAGAAGUGCCUGAUGACGUGGAGGUGUAUCUGACUGAUACGCCGUCCCACUACCCCCAGGAAGAGCCUGCCAACCGGCCCCCUGCUAACUCUGCCGCAACCGUCUCAGAGGGCAAACGGGUUACCACAGAAACCACUGACACGGUAGACAACGACGCCACGCCUGUACGAGCUCCGUCCCCGAUUGUCCGGCCCCUCCUCCCAGGCACCAUGAGACCCCUGAGUCCUACGAGGGGCCCCCACAUUCCGCUGGACCUCCGGGACCCCAGGGACUCCCAAGAUCUGGCAAACAAGAAGAAGAAAGGACUACUUUCCAAGGGGAAGAAGCUGCUGAAGAGACUCUCCCCUGUGAAAUAAAACACACAAAAAAAGAAGCAUACAUGUACAAAUACGUGCACAUGCUGGGCUCUGUAUAUUGCAUCCAUACAAUCAACUCUGGUCUCAACAACACAUGACAGAGAGGAUGUGAGCUUUGUCUCCAGGACUGCGUGAGCCUAUUUGAAUAUAACCAGUGAUACAAUUAUUCAUGUUUGGUGAUGGAUACAAAUCAACUAACUGAUGUACAGUGCAGUGCCAAAAUCAAGAGAGAGGUCACCUGCAGACACAAAAAACAUAUUACUGUGAUGUAUUUUAAAUCAACAGAUGACUAAAACAAAAAAAACCAACUAGGAUUUUCAUGACAUGUAUUUUUUCUUUAUCAUUUAUUUUAAGCAGGGUAGCCGUGAAAACAUACAUCUAAGUUUCUA